AUGCAAAUCCGAGAUCGAACUUUCGUCAUCAGUGGUGGAAGCAGUGGACUAGGACUCGCCACUGUCCAGGAGCUACAUUCUCAAGGCGCAUACAUUGCGAUCUUGGACCUCAACGAAGAGACCGGGAAUGCAAUAGUGGAAGAUCUCAACAAACGGGUCCUCUUUUGCAAAGCCGACAUGUCAGAUCCAACCUCCACCAAAACUGCCGUAGACAAAGUGCUAGCCUGGGUGAAGACGACACAGAAACCAAUCGGCGGUGUUGUUCCUGCAGCAGGAAUUGGCAAUCCAGGCCAAUUGAUCCAACAGAAAAGGRGAAACACUCCCUCUCGCGCGUCUCGAACAGGUCCUGAACGUCAACAUCCGGGGUGUUUUCGACUUGAUUCGCCUCCUUCUCCCAUCCAUAAUCAACAACGCCCCAGCGGAACCAGACGGAGAGCGCGGAGUCAUCAUCAUGAUCUCGUCCGCAGCGGCCUUUUGAUGGACAACCCGGUCAACUCGCCUACGCUGCCAGCAAAGGAGCCAUUCGCUCCUCUACAUUGGUUCUCGCUCGAGAUUUAG